AUGCCUGGUGUCACUGAAGAUAAUAUUGCUAGUUUUUAUCGUAAUUUUCCUACCAUCAUUCAGCACAAGGAUGAACCAGAAAACAAUGCCAAUAUCAUGAAGUACUUCAUAGAUUGGAAGACGGAUGGGGACAGCUACUUUGCAGUAGAUGGGACUGAAGGAACCAUUGCCACUAAUGAAUUACUGGACAGAGAAAGCACCGCACAGUAUAAUUUCUCCGUAAUUGCAAGUAAAGUUAGCAAUCCGUUAUUAACCAGCAAAGUCAACAUACUCAUUAAUGUCCUCGAUGUCAACGAAUUCCCACCAGAAAUAUCUGUGCCAUAUGAGACAGCUGUGUGUGAAAAUGCCAAGCCAGGACAGAUAAUUCAGAUAGUCAGUGCUGCAGACCGAGAUCUUUCACCUGCGGGGCAGCAGUUCUCAUUUAGAUUAUCUCCGGAGGCUGCCAUCAAACCAAACUUUACGGUCCGUGACUUCAGAAAUAACACAGCUGGGAUUGAAGCCAGAAGAAAUGGAUACAGCCGCAGGCAGCAAGAGUUGUACUUCCUCCCUGUUGUAAUAGAAGACAGCAGCUACCCUGUACAGAGCAGUACAAAUACUAUGACUAUUCGAGUUUGUAGAUGUGACUCUGAUGGCACCAUCCUGUCUUGUAAUGUGGAAGCCAUUUUUCUACCUGUAGGACUUAGCACUGGGGCUUUGAUUGCAAUCCUCCUAUGCAUUGUUAUACUCUUAGCCAUAGUUGUGCUGUACGUCGCGCUGCGGAGGCAGAAGAAGAAGGACACCCUGAUGACCUCUAAGGAAGACAUAAGAGACAACGUCAUCCAUUACGAUGAUGAAGGCGGCGGGGAGGAAGACACGCAGGCUUUCGACAUUGGGGCUCUGAGAAAUCCCAAAGUGAUUGAAGAGAACAAAAUUCGCAGGGAUAUAAAACCAGACUCUCUCUGUUUACCUCGUCAGAGACCACCCGUGGAAGACAACACAGACAUAAGGGAUUUCAUCAAUCAGAGGCUACAGGAAAACGACAUGGACCCAGGAGCACCCCCGUAUGAUUCCUUGGCCACAUAUGCCUACGAAGGCAGUGGGUCUGUCGCAGAAUCCCUCAGCUCCAUAGACUCUGUCACCACAGAGGCGGAUCAGGACUAUGAUUAUCUGACGGACUGGGGACCCCGCUUUAAGGUCUUGGCAGACAUGUUUGGUGAAGAAGAGAGUUAUAACCCUGAUAAAGUCACUUAAGAAAGAGGUGAAGGCUGACACACAACCGAGAG